UAACGUCAUCACGUGAAAAGAGAUUAUGGUUUCUAGUUCGUCAGAAUGUGUCACAAAUAGUGGUUUAAAAAUUGCUGGAUAGACAUUUCCAUACAGAUGUAACCACAUAUUGCAUGAAAACGUAAACAGCAUAGAGUUGGAAAAUAUCGUCCUCUGCUUGUCGUUUUAAUCUCAGACCUUAUCAAUCCUCGCACGCAAAUGCAGUUUGACAUCGAACACACUUGGGACAGCAACCCUGUAAAUCAUGACCCCCUCAAAAUCACCUUCUCUCCUGGGUUAGGAGGCCUGAAGGUGGAGGUGUCUGGUCCAUUCUUCAAUGACCCGGCUGCUCCUGCAGGGCCCCCAAGCCAGGCCUUCCCUGGACUGUGGAAUUAUGAAGUUGUAGAGACCUUCUUCCUUGAUAGUACUACAGAAAAUUACCUGGAAGUCGAGUUUUGUCCGCAUGGACAACACCUGAUAUUACUACUGUCAGGAGCCGGCCAAGCAUUCCUGCAACAGCUUCCCAUGGUAUUUAACACCAAGAUCACUGGAGACAGAUGGACAGGUGAGGCUCUCAUCCCUUGGACAUACUUCCCUCCCAAUGUCAACAAGAUGAACUCCUACGCGAUCCACGGCUCAGGAGAGAAUCGUAUAUAUGAGGCUCUUUAUCCCAUCCCCAAGGAGGAGAUAGCCGAAGGACAAAUGCCUAACUUUCACCGGCUAGAGUAUUUCAAAGAUUUUCGCCUGCAGAGCAUCAUGGGAGAGGGUUGGGUCCAACCACCAUCUGAUCUAUGGCUUGGAAAGCCUUAAGCUUCUCAGAAACACUCCUCUUUGCCUGUUUCAUUCUUGCAGACACAUAUCCACAAAAAUCCUCUAAAACAGCAGCAGGGCAAUAGGAUAAACACUCUCUGACAGGGAACAAAGGGCAAUCAAUCUUUAUUAGUUAAUGAUGUCAAACGAUAUGACAUGAAAUAUGUUAUCAGCUUGUCAGAUUGCGUUAGUCUUCACACACAUCUGUGCAAGCACACAAACCUGCACUGCAAGAUAUUGGACGUCGCCACAAAUUGCCUGAGCAGAGCGUGACCUACAACACUUGUACAGUGGAGGAAAGCGCACAGCUUAAGUGUUUGACUUCAGUGGGAUAAUUCCUUGCAAUUCCUCGUGAUUCUAAACCCUAAAUGUUGAGACACUGAUAUUUAAAAAAAAAAAGAAAAAAAAGAAAAUGUGCAUUCUUUUGGGUUUGUCUUUAUUGUCAUUCCAUUACUAUGAUUAAUGUCCUUUAUAAUGACAUCUUUUUACAUACUGCUGCUGUCCUUUUUCUGUGAUUGAUGUCACGUUAAUUUUAUAGCUUAUGUUUGAUUAUGUUUCAUUCCCAUGUCUGUAUAUUAAAAUAAUUAUCUGACA